UACUCACUAUUUAAUGUCUCACACUAGCCUUUAGCUACUCACUAAUUAAUGUCUCUCACUAGCCCUUAGCUUCUCACUAUUUAUUGUCUCACACUAGCCCUUAGCUACUCACUUUUUAAUGUCUCACACUAGCCUUAGCUACUCACUAUUUAAUGUCCUUAGCUAUUCACUAUUUAAUAGGUCUGAGACUAAGGUCAUUUGCAACCUUCAACCUUCUACAUAAAAAAUUUGAAGCCUUUGAAGGUUUAUUGUACAUCAAAAAAAAUCACCCGCCUCUGUUUAUAAUGUCUAAAUUAUAGUUCAGCCCACUAUAUAAAGUUGUGGUCUGGAUAGACAAUCCCUAUGUAAACUUUUGACCACUUUAUCUAUUAAUAACUACUAAUAAUGACGCUUCAAAGUCUUAUUUUCUGCUUCAAAUGGCAGCACUUCCAACCAAGCUUCAAAUCCUUUGGAAGCUUAAAGUUUGUCCUAGUCCUACUAUUUAAUUUCUCACACUAGCCCUUAGCUACUCACUAUUAUUUUAAUGUCUCGCACUAAAUAAUCACCCUACUCUCUGAACAUGCUCUUUCCUCAUUCUAGAACAUUCUAUUGUAUGAUAUGCAGUGUAUUGGGAGAUUUGCCACUUUGAAAAAGAAUUUUUAUGGAACAAUUUGGCCACAGCAACCUUAGCUAUGUGACAAUUCUAACCAAGCAAAUUGUAAUUUCAUUGUGGCAAGGGUACACACAAAAUACUAAUCUGAUAUUCCCUAUAAUUGCUUCACAUUUUUUUCAGGAUUGCUUUUUUACUUUUUUAUAGAUACAGUCAGGCCAGCUAUUGUACCAUGAACACAGGACCAGAUACUCCUUGUAGAUGUCCCGGAUGUUGUCUUAAAGAACUGCCGCAUGUUCACCAUUGUUACAGCAGAGGAUAAAGUCAUGAAAGAAUACUCAUCAACAAUACCUCAGCGAAGUGAUGUGGGUCAGUUACUAUUCUAUAUGCUGGGUGUAAUGAUACAAAAUGUAUCUGAUAAUAACCAAUAUCAAUUAGGAUUAUUUAUUGAGGGAAAUCAAAUUUUGCUAUGCUAUGGUUCUGCUACUGUAUCUGUUGGGAGCAGGGAAGUGGAGAUGGACUUCAAGGUGUUGCAGUUUAUUAAUUUAUUAGAUGUCAACUCACUGAAAAUGAUCUGUGACAGUAUAUUGUCUGUCAGAAACUUCAUUUUAGAGAACAAAUAAAAUUACUUAUCUCCUUGCUUAUUAUAGACAUACCUACAUGU